AGGUGAGACCCAUGUGUCAGGGAAGCUGAGACCUGUCCCUGACUUAGCUUGACUGCUACCACUUAGGUUCCAAAGCAAAAGGUGCCAUCAGUUCACUGCCUUCCACUUGCUUCAAGUGAACCAGACAUGGGUCUGGGGAGGGGGAGCCUCAGAGGAUCUGUAUCUCUUCACUUUGUGUGUUUGCAAGUUUUUCUUCUCUGAGAGAAUGUCUGGAAGGUGGAGAAGCAUCUUCCAUGGCAGCUGUGCCCAGCACAUGGCUGUGCCCAGCCUGCUUGGGACCACCAUGCUCACCUGUAGCACAGGAAAUGUCAGGUGAAUGUUUAGCCCUGCCUCCUCUGUGUGGCAUUGUCCUGAGUGUCUGUGUGUGUUACAGAACACAAGGACAGUUCUGAGUGCCUGCAGCACAGGCCACCUGAGCCCCAGUGUAUGUGAGCGUCUCAAGUGGAGCAUCCUACAGAUGCUCAAAAGCAUUCUACAGAUGCAGCCACAUGUUGACAAAGGUGUGCACUGAGCAGUGCAGCCUUGGGCUCACCUGCCUGCAGGAGGGAAGCAGAGACAGCACACCCUGAGCACCCCUGUUCAGCUCCCCAGGACCCCUGCAGCCCUGGGUGCAGUCUCCCUCUCUGGAGACAUCCCAAGCCCACCUGGACACGUUCCUGUGUGCCCUGCUCUGGGUGGCCCUGCCUUGAUAGGGGGUUGCACUGGAUGAUCUCCAGAGGGCCCUUCAGCCCGAAUGAUGCUGUGAUUGUGUGAUCAGCACCCAAACACUGUGCCAAGGGGCACAUUUGCUGAGCAGCCACAUCCUCUGGCUCCCUGUCGGGAAGGGCAUCCAACACGGUACCCACGGAAGGCCCUGCACCCAACCACCCAGGACUCUUGGCCUAACCCCAGCCCUUCCUUCAUGUGAGGACCCUGCAAUCCCUCCACGCUGCAAAGAGUUAAGCCCUCGCUGUGUUGAUAUUUCCAGCAGCUCCCAAAGCGGGGAGCGCCCUGAUUGGCUGCGUAGGGGCCGGUAGUAAUUAGGAUCAGAUAUCCAACUCCUGUCUUUGCUGAGACCCUUCCCGAUAGUCGCUGCUCCCCGCUAGACGAUGACAUCAGCCAGGACACCCGGCUGCUGGUAGUAAACUCCGGGCGGGAGGAGGCUCCCGCCAGCUCCACGUUCAUUAGUUCAACCCAGCACAGGGGGAGCAGUUGGUGUCUGUGGAGGGUCAGUGCUUGGAUGGGACCAACUCUUGCAAAGCCACUUGCUGCUUCUUGCCAACCCGCUGUAAAAGCACCCCGAGAGGCCAGGAGAGCUGGAUGAAUCCUGAGCACCAGCCGUGGUCUGGUCGGCUUUUCCCUGUUGGAGGAAGUUAAUGGUUUAAGUGAGGGGCGUCUGGAGCUGGUCCCCGAGUCACCAUGACACUCCUGGGGUCUGAGCACUCCUUGCUGAUUCGGAGCAAGUUCAGAUCAGUUUUGCAGCUACGGCUUCAGCAGAGAAGGACCCGCGAGCAGCUGGCAGACCAAGGCAUCAUGCCACACUAAUACAAGCUGCAGCAUCCACAUAAUUCCUCCAAAAAUGUUGCACUGAAAAGCCCAUCCUCAUUCCAUGAACAGCGAAAAAGUCUGGAGCGAGCCAAGACUGAAGAUUAUCUCAAGCACAAGAUCAGAAGCAGGCCUGAGAGAUCAGACCUGGUCAAUAUGCACAUUUUACAAGACUCAGCUGCAGAAGGGUCCAUUCAGUCUACUCAAAUGAAGCUGAAAAGAGCCCGACUGGCAGAUGAUCUCAAUGAAAAGAUUGCUCUCAGGCCGGGGCCUUUGGAGCUGGUGGAGAAGAAUAUUAUUCCUGUCGACUCCGCUGUGAAAGAGGCCAUAAAAGGCACCCAGGUCAGCUUCCCCAAGGCGGCGGACGCCUUCGCCUUCGAGGAGGACAGCAGCAACGACGGGCUGUCCCCGGAGCAGGCGCGGAGCGAGGGCUCCCCGGGCCCCGCCGAGCCGCCGCCGGCCGCCAAGGGCCCAGAGCCCGCCGCGGGCCCCGCGCCUCAGGACCAGCCCUGCAGCACCGAUGGCCACGCACUGGACCCCACAGCAGCGCAGGGCAUCCAAUGUGACAGCCCCAAGCAGCCGGCGGGGCAGGAGAGCCCCACGCUCCCAGUGCCUUCCGCCGUGAAGUCCAAAUCAUCCAGUGACAGCAAGAACCGUCACAAAAAGCCCAAGGACACCAAGCCCAAGGUGAAGAAGCUGAAGUAUCACCAGUACAUCCCUCCAGACCAGAAGGCAGAGAAGUCCCCUCCACCCAUGGAUUCUGCAUAUGCCAGACUCCUCCAGCAACAGCAGCUCUUUCUGCAGCUCCAGAUCCUCAGCCAGCAGCAGCAGCAGCAACAGCAGCACUUCAGCUACCCAGGGAUGCACCAAGGCCAAGUAAAGCAAUCAAAUGAGCAAUUGGUCAAAAGUUCAAAUUCUUCAACUUCUGUCAACACCACCCCUCUUUCUCCUGUGAAAACCACCUUUUCAGGCCAGACUUGUGUCUCAGCAAUCAAGCCAGGCCCUCUGCCGUCAAACUUGGAUGAUCUGAAAGUAUCAGAACUGAGGCAGCAGCUCCGAAUACGAGGCCUGCCCGUGUCAGGUACCAAAACAGCGCUGAUGGAACGGCUGCGGCCCUUCCAGGAGUGCAGCAGCAACGCAGUGCCCAGCUUCAGCGAGAUCACCACCGUCACCUUCCCAGUCACUCCAACCAGCACCCUGUCUAGUUACCAGUCGCAGUCCUCCACCAGCAUGUUAUCCAAUGGCUUCUACCACUUUGGCAGCACCAGCUCCACACCACCCAUCUCUCCAGCCUCUUCCGACCUCUCUGUGAGUGGCUCUUUGCCAGACACGUUCAACGAUGGGCCCAUGUCUUCUCCACAGUUUGGUCUCCAGCCAUCUCCAGUUCAUGGCAGUGCUGAAGAAAGCCUCAUGAGCAGCAUGAAUGGAGGGAGCAUCCAGCUGGAGCUGGAAGGGAUCGACACAGAGAAAGACAAAAUGCUGGUGGAGAAGCAGAAGGUCAUCAAUGAACUGACGUGGAAACUGCAGCAAGAGCAGAGGCAGGUGGAGGAGCUACGGAUGCAGCUCCAGAAGCGAAAGAGAAAUAAUGGCCUUGAGGAGAAGCAGCAGCCCGCUCCUCAUUUCUUUGGUGUCCCCAUCAAGCAAGAAAACACAGUGUCCAGCUGUCCAUUUGCAUCCAAACAAACUGCCUUGAAAGGCCAAGCCAACAGCUCGGAUAAGUUAAGUAACUGUGGGGUGCCACAGCUGCCUCACAUUGUAAAUAGCCACUGCUUGGAGCCUGCAGGGCAAAGCACCAUCACCUCCUCGACAUUCCUGAGCCCGCAGUGCUCCCCCCAGCACUCUCCACUCGGGGCUGCAAAGAGCCCCCAGCACAUCAGCCUGCCGCCCUCUCCCAACAGCCACUAUCUCCUCCCGGUGUCCCCCAGCUCAGAAGGGCGCAGUGGGUCCCCACAGGCCAGCAGUUGCCUUCGCACAGCACCGAUGCCUACGCAGGCAGGUCAAAAGUUUUCUAUUCCAUCCCCAACUUUUUGUAAGUCAAGCCCAGCCCUCUCAGAGGGAAAGCAGCCUCCACCCUAUGAGGAUGCAGUAAAGCAGCAGAUGACACGAAGUCAGCAGAUGGACGAGCUCCUGGACGUGUUGAUCGAGAGCGGAGAAAUGCCAGCCAAUGCCAAGGAAGAUCAGUCCUGCCUCCAGAAAGUACCUCAGAUAACGGUGUCUACAGGGAACUCCAGCGCCGCGCUCCCCAAGGCACCCGCCCCCUUUGAGCAGGUCUCCUCAGCCCAGCUCCCCUUCGAGCACUGCCCGGGCAGCGGUGAUGCUCACCUCGAGGUGCUGCUGAGUGCCCACAGCCCCCUGGGCAGGGUCAGUGAAAUCGCCCUGCUGAAGAUGGGGGGAGAGGAGCCCCACUUCGAAGGGAUGAUGGAGGGGUUCCCUGGCAAGGCCGCCGAUGAACUGCUCCCCUCUCAGGAGAUCUUACAGCCUCCCCUCUCGCCCAUGGACACCCAGCUCUCCCCUUCCCCUGCUGACGGCGCCGGUUUACAGAUGAGCUUCACUGAGUCUCCAUGGGAAACAAUGGAGUGGCUGGACCUGACCCCCCCCAGCUCCGCCACCGGCUUUGGCUCGCUCACCCCCGUGGCUCCCAGCAUCUUCAACAUUGAUUUCCUAGACGUUACCGAUCUCAACCUAAACACCAGCAUGGACCUGCACCUGCAGCAGUGGUGAGAGGGAGGCUGGUGGAGGCAGGAUACAGCAGCCAGCACAGUGUUCCUGUCAUGCCAGAGAACGCACAGGGUGAAGGUGCCACAUCCAGGGGAAACUGGAGUCAUUUUCCCAGCAUAUAAACUGUUUGAAUUUCCAGUUACGGCCAAUCAACAGCACAGUUGCUCUGGUACUUUGGUUUUCCUCCAUCGACACGUCCCCACAGAGGACAGCAGUGCCUUUAACACUUCCUUAGGUUGAAAAGAACUUUGGUUCUCUUUCUUUUCUCUUUCCCCCCUCCCCAGUUUUAGCAGCCACUCUCAUGAGAACUGGAGCAGCUCAUGACAAAACUGUGUGAUGAGGAGACCUCACCUUGGUGGCAACGGAAAUCUUGGAGAGGAUAGAGGUUAGCCUGUUGCUGCCCUCUCCUCCUGCCUGCCUCGCCCUUCAGGCAGUCCUGCUGGGCUCAUCUUGGCCAUGCCCAGGCAGGGAUGUGGGAUCAGGGAGGCUCUGCCCAGCCAGGGUGACAAGCACACUUCUCCAUACAGCCAGGCUCACCAGGCUUCCUGCCUCCAACACGGUGUUGCCCAGUCCCUGCACAGCUCUGCUCCAUGUGGAUGAGAGGUGGAACCCCCCCGUACGUGUGGUGGCACCUUGUCAUGGCCUCAUGGUGCUUGAGGGGCUGAAAGCCCAGGAACCGUCCUGGCUGCAGUCUGAACUGGAUCAGGCUGGAGCCUGUGAGCUCUGGAUGUUGGAGGCAGCUGCUCAGGCUGCACAUGCAGAUAUCAAAGGGAUGUGGCAUCCCAGUGGAGCUGCUGCACCCCAGCUAGUACGGUACAGAUGGAGAUGUGUAAUGUGUUUUGGUCCAAGGUAGGAGCAAGUCGUACAGAGAAUACAGCCAGGCUUUGGAGGGGCUGUCCUUUGCACAGCCAGAAGUCAGGAUGGAUUUCCACCACCUUGCAUGACCUGGGAGCAGGGAGAGCCAGAAAUGGACACUCGGCAGCCGGCACAUGGGGCAGGGUUCAGUGGGUCCUCGCGGGGCUGCGGUUCUGUGCAAGCAUCUGCUGUUGUUGCCUCCACUCCUCA